UAAUCUGAUUUAAGAUUCAAUACGAGUACAUGUUUUUUUAAGUUAUACACUAGCAGUAUAUCAAAUAGGGAAAAAAUGGAGGGUGUAAAUGAUGUUAGAAGACACAAGGGGUAAAACUGGAUUCAGACAACUAAGCCACCCCUUACCCGGUGGUGCGCAUUGGAUAGGCAAAAGUUUUCUCCACUCCUGAUUAUGGGCCUGGGUUUUUUAACCCCCUUUAGUUGAUUAUAUUCAAGUCAGGUCCAAGUCUCCGGAUGAAAAAGUUCGAUUAGAGUUAGGUUUAGGAUUCUAAAAUUUAGGAAACAAUAUACUUGAUCGCCAAGUUAUAUGAAUCCUAUUUAUUUCCUGAUCUAGAAACGUGGGGAUCUACAAAUACUCACGACUUGUUUCAGUUAAAAAGAUAUCCAGGGUUUACUUUAUUUUUGAUUAUCACAUUCAAUCAUGCCGAAGAACAAAGGUAAAGGAGGAAAGAAUCGAAAGAGGGGAAAGAAUGAAGCAGACGACGAGAAAAGAGAAUUAGUAUUCAAAGAAGAUGGACAAGAAUAUGCUCAAGUACUGCGUAUGCUUGGCAAUGGAAGAUGUGAAGCCAUGGGGAUUGAUGGUGUGAAAAGAUUGUGUCAUAUUCGAGGUAAGCUGCAUAAGAAAGUGUGGAUUAGUGGUGGUGAUAUAAUAUUAGUUGGUUUAAGAGAUUAUCAAGAUGACAAAGCUGAUAUUAUACUGAAAUAUAAUAGUGAUGAAUCUAGAUUGUUGAAAGCUUAUGGUGAAUUACCUGAUACUACUAAAAUCAACGAAGGUACUGUUGAUGAAGGUGAAGAGGAAGGGGAAAGCCAUAUUGAAUUUAUUGAAGAAGAUAUUGAUAGGAUAUAGGUUGAUUUCUGUUCGUUAAUUUAUUUUUGUUUGAUUGUUUUUUUAUUUUCUACGAUAUCAGGAUUUAUUUUUUGAUUAUUUUGUAUAAGAGAGAUAUUUAAUUAAUUCAGCAUAUUCAUAUGUUAUAACUUGCCUUGUGGAUGAUGGUGUCAUAAUCACGAAUUUUAGGUAAUGGUGUAUAACUCUGGGAGCUUUAAUAAGCAGGCAUUAAAUAUCAUAGGUAAUUAGAUUCAAUUCAUAGGUAAUUAGAUUCUUAAUAUCAUAGGAUGGGUUUCGUAAAUAGCGUACGUGAGGGCGGGGAGAUGUUGGAAAGUUGCCCGGAACUGGAAGUGAUGCGUAAAGAAGGGAAGAAUUUGAUCAGCAGUUCCCAUGGUAAUAGCGGCUGCGAGGUGGAGAGCAAUACCAAAAAGCCUUGGAAGGAAAUCGAAAAUGCAAACUAUUCUCUUCCAUCCCCUUGAAUGCUUGACAACUUUGGCUGUUCCCACCACCGCAGCACCGAUUGCAACUCCAGCUGCAAGUCCUUUGGCUUUUGUACUCGCAAGAUUAGGGCUACUACUCUUCUCAGCUAGGACAUCGACCACAGUUUCUCCAUUUCCCUUAGACAUGUUGGUUGAGAUUGAAUAAAAUUUAGAGAAAGAGAAAUGGAGCUCUUUUGGUUGUUGGUACGAGGAAACU